AUGGUUUCAAGAUCUUAUUCCAACUUACUUGACCUUACUUCUGGUGAUUCCCUCACUUUUGGCCGUGAGAAGAAGAGGUUCCCACGAGUGGCUACUGUUGCAGGAGUUCUGUCUGAGCUAGAUGAUGAUGCCAGUAACAAUAGCGUAGGCUCUGAUGCUCCUUCCUCCAUUUCUCAAGACAGGAUGAUCAUAGUAGGGAAUCAGCUUCCACUUCGUGCACAUCGAAGCGAUGAUGGGGAAUGGUGCUUUAGCUGGGAUGAGGAUUCACUACUCUUGCAACUCAAAGAUGGCCUUGGAGAAGAUGUUGAAGUUAUCUAUAUUGGUUGUCUAAAAGAAGAAAUCGAUCCAAGUGAGCAAGAUGAUGUAGCCCAAACUUUGCUGGAUACUUUUAAAUGUGUCCCUGCAUUUCUCCCUCCGGACCUUUUCAGUAAAUUUUAUCAUGGUUUCUGUAAGCAGCAUUUGUGGCCUUUGUUUCACUACAUGCUUCCUCUAUCACCUGAUCUUGGUGGAAGAUUUGAUCGAUCUCUGUGGCAAGCUUAUGUUUCUGUCAACAAGAUAUUUGCAGAUAAAGUGAUGGAAGUGAUUAGCCCAGAUGAAGAUUUUGUGUGGGUUCAUGACUACCAUUUGAUGGUUUUGCCAACAUUCUUGAGGAAGAGAUUUAAUAGGUUGAGGCUUGGAUUCUUUCUCCACAGUCCAUUCCCUUCGUCUGAGAUAUACAGGACACUUCCAGUCAGGGAUGAGCUUCUAAGAGCACUUCUAAAUUCUGACCUCAUUGGCUUUCAUACUUUUGAUUAUGCCAGGCACUUCCUUUCUUGUUGUAGUAGAAUGCUUGGCCUCUCAUAUCAAUCAAAACGGGGUUACAUUGGGCUUGAGUAUUAUGGCCGCACAGUAAGCAUUAAGAUUCUUCCUGUUGGGAUACAUAUAGGCCAGCUUCAAUCUGUGCUGGAUCUUCCAGAGACUGAAACUAAGGUUGCUGAGCUGCGAGAUCAAUUUAAGGGGAAAACUGUUUUGCUUGGGGUUGAUGACAUGGACAUCUUUAAAGGAAUUAGCUUGAAACUUUUAGCUAUGGAGCAAUUGCUUAUACAACAUCCUGAUAAGAGGGGUAAAGUUGUUCUUAUUCAAAUUGCUAACCCGGCAAGAGGCCGGGGGAAAGAUGUCCUGGAGGUCCAGUUAGAAACUGAUGCCACAGUAAAGAGGAUCAAUGAGACAUUUGGGAAGCAAGGAUAUAGUCCAGUGGUCUUGAUCGAUACCCCACUUCAGUUUUACGAGAGAAUUGCUUAUUAUGUUAUUGCAGAGUGUUGCCUUGUUACAGCAGUAAGGGAUGGGAUGAAUCUUAUACCCUAUGAGUACAUUAUAUGCCGCCAGGGAAAUGAGAAGCUGAAUGAGACUUUAGGACUAAACCUCACAACCCCAAAGAAAAGCAUGCUUGUGGUUUCUGAGUUUAUUGGGUGUUCCCCAUCACUAAGUGGAGCAAUUCGAGUUAACCCAUGGAACAUUGAUGCUGUAGCUGAGGCAAUGGAUUCUGCUCUUAUAAUCCCAGAAGGAGAAAAGCAGUUGCGGCAUGAGAAGCAUUAUAGGUAUGUUAGUACACAUGAUGUUGCUUAUUGGGCACGUAGCUUCCUGCAGGAUCUUGAAAGGGCAUGUAAAGAUCAUAUGAGGAGGAGAUGCUGGGGAAUUGGUUUUGGUUUAGGAUUCAGGGUAAUUGCUUUGGAUCCAAAUUUCAGAAAGCUUUCAGUUGAGCAUAUUGUUUCAGCUUACAAGAGGACAAAAUGUCGAGCAAUUCUCUUGGACUAUGAUGGCGCUAUGAUGCUGCCAGGUUCAAUUAUUACCACACCUAAUACAGAGGCUAUUGGAAUCUUGAACAGUCUGUGCAAUGACCCGAGGAAUGUUGUUUUUCUUGUUAGUGGGAAAGAGAGGAAAACUUUAACUGAAUGGUUUUCUUCUUGUGGGAAGCUUGGGAUUGCAGCAGAGCAUGGUUAUUUCGUAAGGUCAAAUCAUAACACCGAUUGGGAAACGUGCGUAUCUGUUCCAGAUUUUGAUUGGAAACAGAUUGUUGAACCAGUAAUGCAGUUAUAUACCGAAACAACUGAUGGGUCUAACAUAGAGGCCAAAGAAAGUGCUCUAGUUUGGAAUUACCAGUAUGCAGAUCCAGAUUUUGGCUUCUGUCAAGCUAAGGAGCUUCUGGAUCACCUGGAAAGUGUUCUUGCCAAUGAGCCAGUUUCUGUCAAAAGUGGCCAGCAUGUUGUAGAAGUUAAACCUCAGGGUGUGCACAAGGGCCUUGUGGCAGAACGUCUCCUCUUAACAAUGAAACAGAAGGCAAUGCUCCCAGACUUUGUUCUGUGCAUUGGGGAUGACAGGUCCGAUGAAGAUAUGUUUGAAGUGAUAAUGAGUGCAAGGGACUCUCUCUCUCCAGUGUCUGAAGUGUUUGCAUGCACUGUUGGUCGGAAGCCCAGCAAGGCCAAGUACUUCUUGGAAGACACAACUGAGAUUGUGAGAAUGUUACAGGUCCUUGCCAAUGCUUCAGAGCAGGCGGCUAGAAAUACUGCGCAACCUUCUCAACGAGUGGUUAUUGUAGAAAGUAAAUAGAUUAUUCAUUGUCUCUCCCUAUCUGUAAAACCUCCAACUUUCACAAAGAUAUUCAGAUGCUGGUAGUUCAGAGUUUUGGGUCAGAUCGAUGGUUUGGAAGUGUUCGUCUUUCUUAUCCAUCAGGUAAAAAUAAUUUUAUUGUGCCAAGUUGUUGCAAAGCUUUUGGUACUAGGAGUAGCAAAAUAGUAACGGUUAAAGCUGGUAUUUACAGGGUGUGUAUAUGAUAUUUCAUGUGUUAUUUGGUAUUUUGAUGUAAGUUGCAUAUGUAGCAACUUCAAAGUAGUUCAUGAUUUUAUAAUUCUGUUUCAACACUAUGAAUAUAUGUCUCGAUAAUCCAUGUCCGCCCGACGAAUAAAACAUGAAUUUAU